AUGCUGCAAUCGCUUGUGCGGGUGUUGAGUAGAUCGAAGCCCUACAGCCCUUACCUGCCCAUAUCACGUGGAGUGAGCCUCCCUUUCCUGAGGAGUGCCUGCUCUGCAGUCGAAGAUCGCACCCAUGAUAACACAAAGUAUCAUUUUGGCGUGGUAGGAAGUGGUCCUGCAGGAUUCUACACUGCAAAUUUGCUUCUCAAGAAGUUUGGACAGCAGGCAACAAUCGACAUCAUAGACAGGCUGCCUACACCAUUUGGUCUGGUUCGCUCUGGUGUGGCCCCAGAUCAUCAGGACACCAAGAAUGUCAUCAAUCAAUUCACCCGAAUUGGGCAAGAUGAGAGAGUGCGCUUCUUGGGAAAUGUGAACGUUGGCCAAGACAUACAACUGAUCGAGCUGCGCCAAAUCUACAGCGCAGUGAUACUAGCAUAUGGCGCAGAGAGCAACAGGCAGCUUGGGGUUCCUGGUGAGGAUCUCAGAAAUGUGAUGUCUGCUCGGGAGUUUGUCUGGUGGUUCAACGGCCAUCCCGAGUAUGCCAAGCUGCCUGUCGACCUGUCAAAGGUUGAAGAGGUGACCAUAUUUGGACUGGGGAAUGUGGCGUUGGACUGUGCGCGAAUUUUGCUGAAGACCCCUGAAAGCCUGGCCAGCACUGACAUUGCACAACACGCCCUGGACGCCUUGAAAACCAGCGCUGUCAAAAAAGUGCAUGUUGUGGGCCGAAGAGGGCCUGUGCAGGCAGCUUUCACCGCCAAGGAGCUUCGCGAGAUCACUAAGCUGGAGGGCGUGCGGAUUGUGAUACCUGAGGAGCAAUUGAAUCCCACCGACGUGGACAUGGCUGAAAUGAAAGCAUCCAGAAUCAAGAAGCGAGUCUUUGACAUCCUGAAGGGUGCUGCUACAGCCAGCCCCCCAGAGGGUGCAGAGAGGGAACUGCACUUGCAUUUCCUGCGCACGCCGUUGGAGCUUCUGCCCAGGGAUGAGGAACGUACUACAGUGGGCGCUGUGAAGCUGGAGGCUAAUGUACUGCAGGCUAAGGGAGAUGGUUCUCAGCAGGCUGUGGGUACAGGGGAAUAUGAGGUUCUGCGGGUGCACAUGGUGCUGUCAAGCAUUGGGUACAAAUCCAAAGCCGUUGAGGGCGUUGCUUUCGAUACUGCCAGGGGAGUAGUAAUACACAGGGCAGGCAGGGCUUUGCAAGCAGAUGGCAGCCCCGACCCUGGGCUGUAUGUGGUGGGCUGGGCAAAGCGAGGGCCCACUGGCAUCAUUGGUACCAAUCUAGUGGAUGCAGAGGAGACCACGAGUUCAAUUGUGGAGGAUUCAGCUGCCCUAACAAAAGUAACAGUGGAGAGCGCAGGAACUCCUUCCCUUAGAGAAAGUCUGCAGGACAGAAAUGUGCAGGUGGUCGAUUUUCCGGCAUGGCAGCAAAUAGAUGCAGCAGAAGUACAGCAGGGGCAGAAUAUAGGAAAGCCUCGCGAGAAGUUUGUAGACAUCCAGAAGAUGCUGGAAACAGGAAAGCUUGAUCAUGAUAAGAUAAUGAUGAAAGCUUAA